AUGCAGCCCCAUCGACGUCUGCGUGAGUCCCUCACGCCCCAGCAGCUGCGUGAGUGGUACGCUGGUUGGGGCUGUAGGGUGGUGGCGCUACUUCUGCUGCCACUCCUGCUGCUUCUACUACUGGUGGCGGCCAGAUGCAGCUCCCGCGACCCCCCCGCGCGUCUCUCACGCCUCAGCAGCUUCGUGAGUGGUAUAGGACCUGCUGCUCUAGCUAGUGGUGAGGCUGCUGCUGCUCUGGGUGCUAGUGAGUCUCCUGCUCCAGGUACAGGUGCGGCUGCUGCUCUAGGUGCUAGUGAGUCUGCUUCCUCAGGUGCGGCUCACUUUUCCACUGUCCUCCCGUGUCCGGCUGCCCCCUCGGGCACCCUGUCUGGCCUGUACCUCCCCUCGUUCUCGACGAACUUAGUGAGUGGUGCAGACCUGCAGAUGCGGGGGUUCACCAGUUCACUCCUGCGAGUAGCUGCGUCAGGUCAGGUGUUUGCUGCUGCGUCCAGUCUCUCCCUCCCCUUCCUUCGGGACCAGGACCUUCCUGUGUCCCCUGUGUCGAGGGGCGCCUCAGGGCUGCUCCUCACUCCUCCCAGUUUCCCCCCGACAGAGGCUCCUCUGCAGACACUUCACAUGGACGUGUGGGGCCCGGCCCCCGUCCGUGGGCAGGGUCACGAGCGCUACUUCCUGUUGGUGGUUGACGACUACUCACGUUACACCACAGUCUUCCCCUUGCGCAGCAAGGGUGCUGUCACUGAGGUCGGCGAUGCGUCUGCGUUCCGUGUCUGGGGAUCUCGGCGGUGGCAGUUCUACCACCCCUCCUCUCGUCGUGUUCUGUCCUCCCAGGACGUCACGUUCGACGAGUCAGUCCCCUUCUACCGCCUUUUCCCCUACCGUACUCCUUCCCUCCCCCCCCCACCGGACUUCCUGGUAGACACAGUCGAGCCAGUCGAGGUUGCUGCUGAGUCUGGUCCUGCUGCGGGUGCAGAGUCUAGGGGUGCUACGCCUGCGGGUGCUGAGCUUGGGGGUGCUGCUGCUGGGGGUGCUGAGCCUGGGGGUGCGAGGCCGGGGGGUGCUGAGCUUGGGGGUGCUGCUGCUAAGGGUGCUGAGCCGGGAGGUGCUACGUCAGGAGCUGCUGAGCCUGGGGGUGCUGAGCCUGGAGGUGCGGAGCCUGCGACUGCUGGACCUGGGGGCUCUCUGGUUGCUCCGUCUCGGCGGGAGCCGCUCUCUCCACAGGAGCUGCGCGAGUGGUUUGCUCGCCGCUGGAGGCGUGCUGCUGGAGCUGGAGCUCCUUCGACUGCUGAGGGUGCUGGUGCUGCCGGUCCCGGAGCUGCUGGGCCUGCGGGUCCUACUGGAGCUGGAGCUGCUGAGCCUGGAGGUGCUGAGUCUGGAGCUGCUGAGCCUGGGGGUGCUGAGUCUGGAGCUGCUGAGCCUGGGGGUGCUGAGUCUGGAGCUGCUGAGCCUGGGGGUGCUACGUCUGGAGCCGCUGAGCCUGGGGUUUCUCCUGGUGCUGCGCCUCGGCGGGAGCCCCUCUCUCCGCAGGAGCUGCGCGAGUGGUUUGCUCGCCGCUGGAGGCGUACUGCUGGAGCUGGAGCUUCUUCGACCGUCGAGGGUACUGGUGCCGCCGGUCCCGGAGGUGCUACGCCUGCGGGUCCUACUGGAGCUGGGGCUGCUGAGGGCGUUGGUGCCGAGUCUGCUGCUGUCUGUCCUGCCGGUGGUUCUGCUGCUGGUGCUGCUGGAGGUCCUGCCGCUGGAGGUGUUGGUGGCGCUGGUGGUGCCGCUGAGGGUGCUGGUGCUGUCCCUGCUGAGUCUGGAGCUGCCGCGCGGCCUCGGCCGUACUUCGUUCCGCUUCUGCAGCAGGUUCUUGGUCUUUCUCCUCCGGUAGAGUGUCCACAGCCUGUCCAGUCGCAGUCACUGUUGGAGCCUACCUCCCCACUGCCUGCUCCCUCUCCUUACACUGGUCCUACUGGAGGUCUUGCUGAGCGUCGUGAGCCUGCGUCUCGUCCCGCGUCGCCUGUUCGUGCUGCCCGCGCUAGUGGUCGUGGUUCGCGUCCGCGUCCUCCUCCUGUCCCUGGCACGCACCGGAUGUCUCUGCGUCCGUCCACUGCUCCUCUGCGUGCCCUUUUGCCUUCUCCUCCUGAGUCCUCCCUUCCUGUGCUUACCGACCCAGAGUCGGACUCCCUUCGUGCUGCCAGUCCUACUGUCACGCGUCUGCUUGCUACUGUCGUCACUGACCCCUCUUUUGAGUCCGCUGCUGCGUCUGCUCUUGUCGCUGAGCUCGUCGACUUUGCUGCUCGCUGCCGUCUAGACUACGCUGCUAGUCUUGUUGCUGAGUCUGCGUCUGUCUGUCCUCCGUCCGUCGGGGGUGAGUGUGCUCUUGGCACGGACGUCCAAGAGGACAGGCAGGAGGAGUUCCAGUGUCUGGCUGCUGCUUCACCUCAUCUCGCGUCUGUACUGCUUGCUCCUGAGGGAGACCCGGAUGCACUAGACAUCCCGACUCCGCGCUCUUACGCGGAGACGAUAAAGGGUCCCUACUCCUCUCAGUGGCAGGCAGCUAUGGAUGCAGAGAUGGCUUCCUGGAAGUCCACAGGCACCUACGUUGACACGGUUCCCCCUCCUGGGGCGAACAUCGUCAGUGGCAUGUGGAUCUUCAGGGUGAAGCGGCCGCCGGGCUCUCCACCUGUCUUCAAGGCGCGGUACGUCGCUCGUGGCUUCACCGCUCAGCGCGACUACGAGCUUCACUCUCUCGACUUCAGUACUGCGUUCUUGCAGGGGAGCCUGCACGAGGAGAUCUGGUUGCGCCGUCCACCUGGCUUCACUGGGACUUUCCCUCCUGGCACCCAGUGGAGCCUCCGACGGCCAGUCUACGGUCUCCGCCAGGCACCGCGUGAGUGGCACGACACACUGAGGACUACGCUUGCGGCCCUUGGGUUUGCUCCUUCUACUGCCGACCCGUCGCUGUUUGUGCGCACCGACACUUCACUGCCGCCGUUCUACAUCCUCGUGUACGUCGACGACUUGGUCUUUGCCACAGCGGACACUGCUGGACUCGCCUACGUGAAGUCCGAGCUGCUGAAGAGACACACGUGCACAGACCUGGGUGAACUGCGCAGCUACCUUGGCUUGCAGAUUACUCGGGACAGAGCACGCCGCACCAUUACCUUGACUCAGUCACACAUGGUGCAGCAGGUCCUUCAGCGCUUCGGCUUCACGUACUCCUCGCCUCAGGCCACUCUUCUGUCUACUCGUCACUCGCUCUCAGCUCUGCCUUCGGAUGAGUCCGUAGAGUCAAGUGGCCCGUACCCAGAGCUUGUUGGCUGCCUCAUGUACCUGAUGACCUGCACACGACCUGACCUUGCAUACCCUCUUAGCAUUCUCGCACGCUAUGUUGCUCCUGGGAGACACCGACCAGAGCACAUGGCUGCAGCGAAGAGGGUAUUGCGCUACCUGUGCAGUACGUCGGGCAUGGGGCUAGUGCUUGGAGGGCGGAGUCCAGUGGUACUUACAGGUCACGUGGACGCUUCUUGGGCUGACGACCAGGCUACGCAGCGGUCGUCACAGGGUUACACCUUCAGCCUUGGCUCCGGCUCUGUCUCGUGGCGGGCUACUCGCUCGUCUUCGGUUCUCAGCUCGAGUUGUGAGGCUGAGAUCUACGCAGGGGCCAUGGCUGCACAGGAGCUCCGCUGGCUCACCUACCUGCUGACUGACCUUGGAGAGCCGCCUCGUUCUCCUCCAGUGCUGUACGUAGACAACAAGGCCAUGCUGGCCUUGUGUCGAGAGCAGCGUCUGGAGCACAGAACGAAGCACAUUGCUCUUCGCUACUUCCUUGCUCGUGAGCUACAGCAGCGUGGACAGUUGCGGCUUGCGUACGUGGCCUCUGAGGCCAACACUGCUGAUGUGUUCACCAAGGCACUCGCGCCUUGUGACCAUCAGCGCUUCUGCACCCAGCUGGGUCUUGUGCCUGUCUUGCCUCACUUGCUCUCCUCUUGA